GUUAUAUUUAAAAAGUCGUCAGCCUAUCAGAACCAAAUUCGCGCGUACAGAAAUGGGAAGUCUUAUUUUUAGUAUUUGAAGAUGGGCAUGAAAAUGGCGUUGAUGAGAAUGAAUUUAUUGUCGAGACGAUUGCAACUCAUACUGGAUACUUGAGAGAUGCAACCCAACAGUGAAUCGUCUUUGAGUUGUCCAAUGUUGAUAGAAAGGCCAAAAGAGGAAGAUGUCCGUAUAAAGGAAGCAAAUACUAAAAGAGAUUAUGUGCGCUACACUGUCGAGUGCAGCAGCAGCAGUAGCAGCAGCAAAGCAGUCGGGGAUUCACACUCGAACUGCUCAGAGCAAUAUAAUACGUUCCCUGAUAGUAUUUUCUUGAAAGUUGUGAAAAAGUGGGUGUUGGGUGUAUUUUGACGGAAGAGCAUAAUAUGACUGUUAUCAAUUUCAUCGAUGCUAAUAUCCUUCUGCUACUGUUGUUGAAACGAUUCACUCAUCUCAAGGUUUCACGCAGCACUGUUUAUAACUUCAUGAGAUGUGAGUGCAACCUUGCA